GUGGAAGAGAGAGCAGGCAGGGGAGCUGAAGGUUCACCCAAAUCACGUCCCUAGCAGCAGCAGCUGCUUGCUGCCCCAUUGCAUGAUUUGGGCAGGACCAGGGGGGGAGACAUUUGUUGUGUUUCAGAAACACCAACGUAUUCUAUGUUAUUUGCCACUUUUUGUGCAUAUUUACAGAGUCUUUUUUUUUUUCCUUAUUAAGAAAUGUUCCCUGGCUCCAAAAGCAGGAAAGGAAGAGAAUCCAGUCCAGGUUUUCCAUGUGUUCUGUAAUCAGAAAGAAGUGGAUAAUGGUUGCUAGAGCCUCUCUCAAGCCAUGCUGGGCCAAAUAGAUUCAGCCACUCGUGUAUGUGCCUAUAUCCGGGUUAGAGAGGAAAAGACAGAGACACACAGAGGCUGAAAAAGUUUCAAUUUAUACUCUUCAAGAAAAGAUUCAGCAUACAGUCCCAGGACAGGGAAAGACACAGAUCGUGAGGAUAAACAAAGCUUUUUUUUUCUUGUGUAUAUUAAUGAUUGUUUUGCAUUUUUUUCUUUAUUCACUUGGAGGUACCAGAGGUGUGUUCACUUCUAUUGGACUUAUUAUCGCUCAUUCAGGACAAUUUGCUUGGAAUUUGCUGCUAUUGUAAUUUUGUGCUGUGAUAUUAUUAUUUCUUUUUUUACAUUUUUUAUUAUUGCACAUUUUUGGAGAUCUUUUUUGCUAUUACUGGGAUUGACUGAGAUGUGGCAAUGAUCAUGGCAGCGCAAGUGGUUACAGCUGCUGCACCGACCACCAAUGCUAACAAUAAGGCAAAAAACCAGGGUCUUCCCGGGUUAAAUCAGGACCUAAACCCUGGGGGAACAGGAACAGGGUCUGGCUCUAUUCCUGGACUGGGAGAUGGAGCUCCUAACAGCGGAAUGAACAACAAUAAUGUGGAUCACCUCCACCACCACAAUCUACUGCACCAUCACCACCACAUUCACCUUCUUCAUCAUCACCAUGAAGUGAACAUGGCAAAUGCAACUUCAUUAUCAUCCUCCAGCAGUAAUAACACAAACAAUAAUAAUAGCAGCAGUUCGGAGACAGGGCUGAAGGAUGGAAGAAACCCUGCAGCAUCACCCCAUUAUCAGGCUAUGGAGAUGGGUGGUGGGGUACCCAACCACAAGUUAAAGAACAGUAGCAGUGGAGAUUACCUUGCACCCAUUGCUCACCCACUUCAUCAUCAUGCCCAUCACAGCCAGGAGCAUACACCCCACCAUGCACCCCAACAUUUGCAACAGCACCCUCCCCACCAACACAACCAUCCACCCCAGCAACUCAAUCAACUGCAGCCUCAGCAGCAACUAGCAGGGACAGCACAGCAACCAACACCGAAUAAAAGCAGCCCUGGAGGAGGCAGCAGUAGCAGCAGCGAGGCGUCAGACAUGGAAAAUCAGCAACAACAACAUGCUGGUGUAGGAGAAGAGGGCUGUAAUAACACUGGUACAGCAGGAAAGGAUGUUUCCUUGGGUAAUCAGGGCGAUCCCCAGCCUAGGAGGACUGGCAAGGCAGGAGAAGAGGACGAUCUGCAGGUAAAAAUGAUGGCUGGGGAUCCCAUGAGCAGUCGAUAUGAGCAUGCAAUGCUGGGAGGAGGGCAGCAGCAAGGGAACAGCAGCAGCAAUAAUAAUAUUAGUGGCAACAGUGGAUCAUCAUCUUCAUCAUCUUCUUCCUCCUCUGAGUUUAAUAAUUAUUAUGGCAGUGCAUCAACAAACAGAGUAGGGCCUUGCUUUGACCAACAUGGCAGACAACAAAGCCCUAGUAUGGGGAUGAUUCACUCUGGAGCUGUGGCCCCCAGCAGCAACAUGGACCCCAUGCAGAACUCCCAUGAAGGGUAUGGCAGCAGUCAGUAUGACCACUACCAGGGAUAUAGCAGGGCCGCUGCUGCUGCUGCAGGAGGAGGGGCAGGAGGCUAUGGCAGCUCAGCCUCUGCAUAUGGGGUGCUGAGCUCCCCAAGACAGAGCAGCACUGGCACCCCAAGCAGCAGCAACAUGAUGAUAGGAGAAAGGGGUGGCAAUCAUGGUAAACCACCUAGUGCUUCCAAUGCAGGGGGCUUCCAGCGGUACCAGGGACAAAACCAGCACCCAUCAGGGGCCACCCCUACUCUUAACCAGCUCCUAACAUCCCCAAGCCCCAUGAUGAGGAGUUAUGGAGGAAGCUAUCCGGACUACAGUACACCUAGUGCCACCCAACAACAGGCAACAAGCACGCAAGGGAGUCAGCAAUCAGGGGGCAUAGGCAUGAGCAAAGACAUGGGGUCCCAGUAUGGAGCUGCAAACACUGGCUGGGGAGUACAACAAAGAAAUCACCCAGCUAUGAGUCCUGGAAGCACUGGACAAACCAUCAACAGAUCCCAGGGUAGUCCAAUGGAUCCAAUACUAAUGAAGAGGCCUCCACUUUAUGGAAUGGGCAGUAAUCCUUACUCUCAGACGCAGCAAAGCAGUCCCUAUAUUGGCCAAUCAUAUGGACCUCAAGGCCCACAAAGAUAUCCAAUGGCAAUGCAGGGACGUCCUCACAGUGCAAUGGGAGGGAUGCAGUAUACACAGCAACAGAUGCCGCCUCAGUACGGUCAGCAAGGUGUAAGUGGCUACUGCCAACAAGGCCAACAGUCAUAUUACAACCAGCAGUCACAGACUUCGUUUCCGCAGUCCCAGGGUCAGUACUUGUCGCAGACUACGCAGCGGUAUCAACCCCAGCAGGAAGUUCCGCCGGAAGGCUAUGGAAACAGACCCUCGCCUUCUUCAUUGACUACAGGCAAGACUAAUCAUGAAGAUUUGAACCUAAUACAGCAAGAGAGGCCGUCAAGUUUACCAGACUUAUCUGGUUCAAUUGAUGACUUGCCAACUGGAACUGAAGCAACAUUAAGCUCUGCUGUGAGUGCCUCAGGUUCUACAAGCAGCCAGGGGGAGCAGAGCAAUCCAGCACAGUCACCCUUCUCACCACAUGCAUCGCCACAUCUACCGAGCAUCCAGGGUGGUGGGCCAUCCCCAUCCCCUGUGGGCUCACCUGUCGGGAGUAACCAGUCAAGAUCAGGUCCUAUAUCACCUGCUAGUAUUCCUGGAAGCCAGAUGCCACCACAACCUCCAGGCAGCCAGUCUGAAUCUAGCUCACAUCCUGCCUUGAGCCAGUCACCAAUGCCACAGGACCGAGUUUAUAUGCCCAGUGUGCAAAGAAACCACCAACUGUCACAAUAUGUACCGCAACAGCCUGGGCCAUCCAUGUCUCCCCAUCCAUCCCCCGGAGGUCAAAUACAUGCUGGGAUGGGCAAUUUUCCACAGGGAAAUGCCACUGGAAAUUAUGGACCGCAGAUAAACCAGUAUGGACCACAAGGUAAUUACUCAAGAUCGCCAUCUUAUACUGGAGUCCCAAACACAAGCUACAGUGGUCCAGGCCCAGGCAUGAACAUGAAUGCCAACAACCAGAUACACGGACAUGGACCCGGCGGCUCCAUGAACAUGGGAAGAAUGCCAGGCAGCACAGUGCAAAACAGGCCAUUUCCUGGAACCAUGGGCAGUAUAACCCCUAAUUCUCAUGGCAUGCCUCAACAGGGAGUUCCGGGGAUGGGACCACCCAUGCCUACUGUGAACCGUAAGGCACAGGAGGCAGCAGCUGCAGUGAUGCAGGCAGCAGCUAAUUCAGCUCAGAACAGGCCACCAUACAUUAGGUCGCCUGCUUAUCCCAGCCAGUCUGGGGCUGGCGGACGCCCCAUGUUUUCCUCACAGCAUCCCAACUAUGGCAACACUCAGGUUCCAAUGAUGCAUCAGCCUGAUCAGUACGGACAAAGCGGGUUUCCUGGGAUGAACCAGAGUGGCCUUAUGGGAUCAAAUUCUCCUUACAGCCAGUCCAUGAAUAAUACUGCCGGCAUGAUGAACCCUCAAGCUUCCCCAUAUAGCAUGAUGAACAGCGCAGCAGGUCACUUAGGUCUUGCAGACAUGAUGAACCCCGGUGAGUCUAAGCUGCCUUCUUCUCUCAAGCUUGAUGGCAAAGAGGAUGGACCACCUCCCCCUGAAACAAAGACAAAGGAUAGCUACAGCUCACAGUGUAUAUCUCAGCCCCCAACCCCAGGCCACCUGCCAGUCUCUUCCCCUUUGUCCCCAAGCUCUGCUAGCAUCUCCUCCUUUCAUGGAGAUGAAAGUGAUAGCAUUAACAGCCCAGGCUGGCCAAAGACUCCAUCGAGCCCUAAAGCCAACUCAUCAACUUCCACCGGAGAAAAGAUCACAAAGCUGUAUGAGAUGGGAAGUGAACCUGAGCGCAAGAUGUGGGUGGACCGGUACUUGACCUUUAUGGAAGAAAGAGGAACACCAGUCGCAACACUGCCUGCUGUAGGAAGAAAGCCCCUUGACCUGGUCAGGCUUUACUUCUGUGUCAAAGAGAUUGGGGGCUUAGCUCAGGUUAAUAAAAACAAGAAGUGGCGAGAGCUGGCGACAAAUCUGAAUGUUGGCACUUCCAGCAGUGCUGCAAGCUCCCUGAAAAAGCAGUAUAUACAGUACCUGUUUGCCUUUGAAUGCAAGAUAGAAAGAGGGGAGGAGCCUCCUCCAGAGAUCUUCAAUCCUGGAGAGUCUAAGAAACAGGCUAAGAUCCAGCCGCCAUCUCCUGCUAACUCUGGAUCUCUCCAAGGGCCACACACUCCCCAAUCCACUGGUAGUAAUUCCAUGGCUGAGAUGCCAGGUGAUCUAAAGCCCCCAACGCCAGCCUCAACACCACAUGGUCAAAUGCAACCAAUGACAGGUGGCAGUGCAGUGAGUGUACACGAUCCAUUCUCUGAUGAUUCAGGUUUUCCGAAGCGCAAUUCUAUGACCCCUAAUGCUCCCUACCAACAAGGGAUGAAUGUACCAGACAUGAUGGGCCGGAUGCCAUAUGAGCCUAACAAAGACCCAUUCAGUGGUAUGAGAAAAGUGCCUGGAAGCAAUGAGCCUUUCAUGCCUCCUGGCCAAAUGCCUAACAGCAACAUGCCGGAUAUCUACAACCAGACUCCCCCAGGAGUGAUGUCCAAUAUGGGCUUGAGUCAGCGGCAGCAAUUCUCUUAUGGACCUGGAAGCUAUGAUAGGAGGUCAGAAUACGGCAUUGGCGCUGAAGGCAGUAUGGGCCCCCCAGGUCAAAACAAUAUUGGGCCUUCAAACAGUGAUCCAAGCAUGUACUCCCCAAACCGUUAUCCAGGACAGCAAAGGCAUGAAGCCUAUGGUCAGCAGUAUCCAGGGCAAGGACCCCCUGCAGGACAGCCGCCUUAUGGAGGCCAUCAGACUGGAAUGUACCCACAACAACAAAACUACAAACGCCAUAUAGAUAGUAUGUAUGGGCCUUCAGCAAAGCGGCAUGAAGGUGACAUGUAUAAUAUGCCAUAUAGCAGCCAGCAACAAGAUAUGUAUAAUCAAUAUGGCAACACUUACUCUGGACCUGACAGAAGGCCCAUACAAGGACAGUAUCCUUACCCUUACAACAGAGAGAGAAUGCAGGGUCCAGGACAAAUACAGCAGCAUGGCAUGGGUCCUCAGAUAAUGGGUAGCCCCAUACAGUCAUCAACAAGCGAUGGCUCACAACAGAGUAUGUGGACAUCACGCAAUGACAUACCUUACCCAUACCAAGGAAGGCAGGGCCCUGGAGGUACACCGCAGCCAGCAACAUAUUCAACUAUAAACCGAUCUGAUGAUAUGAUGGGUUCUGACCAAAGAAUGAAUCAUGAGGGUCAGUGGCCACCCCAUGGAAACCAGCGUCAGCCACCCUAUAUGUCCCCAUCAGCACCCAUGCAACCAAUCACCAGAGCUCCACCUUCAUCUUACCAGACUCCACCAUCUAUGCCAAACCACAUUUCAAGAGCCCCUAGCCCUGCUUCAUUUCAGCGCUCACUAGAAAACCGCAUGUCACCAAGCAAGUCUCCAUUUCUGCCUGCUAUGAAAAUGCAGAAAGUUAUGCCUACCGUUCCACCAACACAAAGCACCGGGCUUUCUGUUCAGCCUUCUGUGGCUAGACGUGAAAUAACUUUCCCUCCAGGUUCAGUUGAAGCAACUCAACCUAUCUUGAAGUCAAGGAGAAAAAUCACCUCAAAAGAUAUCGUAACACCGGAGGCUUGGAGAGUAAUGAUGUCUUUAAAAUCUGGACUCUUGGCUGAAAGUACAUGGGCUUUAGACACUAUAAAUAUCCUACUGUAUGACGAUAGCACGGUGGCUACAUUCAACCUUUCUCAGCUUCCUGGAUUUCUGGAGCUUUUGGUGGAAUAUUUUAGAAAAUGCCUCAUUGACAUAUUCAGCAUACUUAAGGAAUACGAAGUUGGUGAAUAUAUUAUCCAAGCUCUUGAACAUAGCUUAGAAGAUAGUCCAUCUAUUGAGGAAGAGGAAGCUGCUAUGGAUUAUGAAGAUUAUAUAGAGGAGGAAGAUGAAGGUAAUGAACCUGAGCAAGAUAUUCAAGGUGUUGUUGAUGAAAAAGAUCAUCUUAACACUGAUGAAAAAUCCCUUUCAUUUAUGAAGCCUGAAGUAUUGAUUGAUUCUAGUGUGAAGCUAAAACAAGCUAGUAAGUUUGACAAGUUGCCAAUCAAAGUUGUGAAGAAGAAUGAUCUCUUUGUAAUUGAUCGAUCUGACCGACUUGGCCGUGUUCAGGAAUUCACUAGUGGACUUCUUCAUUGGCAACUUGGUGGAGGUGACACAACUGAACAUAUCCAGACUCACUUUGAAAGCAAAAUAGAGAUCCCCAAACGCAGAAGAUCUCCAUCUUCCAUCAGUUCCUUAAGCAAAAAGAAGAAAGAGCAAGAUGACAAAGUUCUAGUAGAGGAUAAUGAGGACCAACCAGAAAAAAACAUCACUGCAACCAUUGAUGAUGUCCUCUCUGCAAGACCAGGUGCACUGCCUGAAGACCCAAAUAAUCAUUGCUUACAGACAGAGAGCAGCAAACUUCCAUUAGGAAUCCAUCAAGCCAAAAUUCAUAGGAAUAUCACGUUAUUGGAAGAUGAACCAAGAAACAGAGAUGAAACUCCUUUAUGUACAGUAGCUCAAUGGCAAGACUCUUUGGCCAAACGUUGCAUCUGUGUGUCAAAUAUUAUACGUAGCCUGUCUUUUGUGCCUGGCAAUGAUGCUGAAAUGUCAAAACAUCCAGGCUUGGUCUUGAUCCUUGGGAAAUUAAUUCUCCUUCACCAUGAACAUCCAGAAAGAAAACGAUCACCACAGACUUAUGAGAAAGAAGAAGAUGAAGAUAAAAGUGCCAGCUGUAGCAAGGAUGAGUGGUGGUGGGACUGUCUCGAGGUAUUAAGGGAAAAUACAUUGGUCACAUUAGCCAAUAUCUCUGGACAGCUAGACUUGUCUGUUUAUACAGAAAGUAUCUGUUUGCCAAUUUUAGAUGGCUUGCUACACUGGAUGGUGUGCCCAUCUGCAGAGGCACAGGAUCCCUUCCCAACAGUAGGACCUAAUUCUAUCCUUUCCCCGCAGAGACUUGUGCUGGAAACCUUAUGUAAACUCAGUAUACAGGACAAUAAUGUGGACCUUAUCUUGGCCACACCUCCAUUCAGUCGCCAAGAGAAACUUUAUGCGACUUUAGUUAGGUACGUCGGGGACCGCAAAAACCCAGUGUGCCGAGAAAUGUGUGUGGCACUGCUUUCAAACCUUGCUCAGGGGGAUGCAUUGGUAGCAAGGGCCAUAGUUGUGCAGAAAGGAAGUAUUGGUAGCUUAAUAAGCUUUUUGGAAGAUGGAGUCACCAUGGCCCAAUAUCAGCAGAGUCAGCAUAACCUCAUGCACAUGCAACCUCCUCAUUUGGAGCCACCUAGUGUAGACAUGAUGUGCAGGGCAGCUAAGGCUUUGCUAGCCAUGGCAAAAGUGGAGGAAAACCGAUCCGAGUUUCUUGUGCACGAAGGCCGUUUAUUGGAUAUCUCUAUAACAGCUGUUCUGAACACUAUGGUUUCCUCAAUCAUCUGUGAUGUACUCUUUCAAAUUGGACAGUUAUGACACCAGUGGGAAGCCAAGCAUGUGUGAGGGGAGAGUAGGAAGUCACAUAUAACUGGCUAAUUUUAUGUUCUUUUAUCAACAUUUGAGAGAGGAAGGAAACAAUUAUUAAAAGGAAAAAUAAACAUAUGCUCCUUGUAUCCAGUCAUUAUUUACCUAUUGGAAAUUCUAAGAAAUGGUUAAUGAGCUAAGAAAAGAAAUAAUUGCUGUUUUAGUGAUUGCUUCAUUCUGAGGUUAAGUUUAUUUUAUUUUUUUAAUUCCUUUUCUUGGUUGUAUCUUUAUGGGACAUAUUGAUAAACCUGUGCCAGCGUUGUAAAUCGUAAUUGUAUCACUUUUUCAAAAAAAUAAGUUGCUAUUAUUUCAGUUUCAAAAUACUUUUCCCCCAUUAGUUACAAAAAAGAAAGAGCUGUGUGCAAUAGAACCGCUAUCAAUUUUGUAAGAGUAUAUAGAAAAAAGGGCCAUAAUCAAAAAAUAUUGUUUUAUCCCUUGGAUAACAGUAACAUUAGAAUAGGAGCAACAUUAAUAGACAAUAAUGGUAAAAUAAAUGCAAGUAAAAAUAAACUUCUGAACGUAGUAAAAAUUAGUUCAGAAAUACACACCACUGUUAUUAAAUAUGGUAUUUGACUUUCCACACUGAUGGUCUAGAUAUUUCAUUAUAUUUUUUUCUAUUUUAUUUUCUACUGCAACAGGGGCUGGGAUGUAUAUAAGAGAUGUACAGGCCUUCAUCUUUUUUGUUUCUUGCUUUUUUUCUUAAGCAUUCAUUUACGUAGACUAUUUGGCUAUUUCCCCAUGAUGUGGUUAGAGUGAUAAUAGAUUUUUAUGGUCAUAUUUUAUUUUUAUUUUUGUUUCCCUUCCUUUUCAUGGCACUGUAAAUGAAUAAUUUUCUCCUGGCCAUAUCUCCAACCAAGAGGGUAAUGUGCAAGUAUCUGUAUGUAUAGAAGAAUUCUCUAUUUCGGGGUAGCAGCUGACACUUUGCUUUCUGGUCAUAAUGUGGAAAUAGUUGCCUGACAACUGAAUUAGACAAUGGUUAUAUUAUACAGACAGCAGUUAUUGCAGAAUAAUGGAUGAAGCAACACAACUUCAGAGGUUUUUCAGUGCUGAGACUCAACAUAUUUGUAUUUCAAGAAAAUGUAGUUAAAAAAAAUGGAAAAAAAACUUGUUGUAAAUUCCUCCUUUUCCUCUGGCUUAAUGAAUAUCAUUUAUUCAGUAUAAAAUCUUUAUACUAUAUGUUCCACAUGUUAAGAAUAAAUGUACAUUAAAUC